AUUGUAAAGGAGAGGAAGACAUUUUAGUUUUCUGAACGAAAGCUAGUUCUUCUAAUGCAGCGAGUUUAAGUUUACUGUUUCGUCUUUAAGACAAUUUGCAUGUGCGUUUCAACUAGUUUUUACUUCCGGCAAAUAGCCAACUGGUGUGCAAAGUUAAAAAAUACACAUUUCCGACUGUAAGUUUUAGCCUCCCUGGUGCAUUAGCUCAUUGGUCGCUCAGCUGCAGGAUCCUGCAGGAUGGAGGCCGGGAUGUCUGACUUCAGGAUCACGAUGUCUUCUGAACGCCUGGCGUUUGGAGGGGGACCCGCGGGGAAAGCAACGUCUUCCUCUGUCGUGUCAGGAAACACAAACUGGGACAGUGCACCUGGCAUGGACGGGAUAACCGUGGUGAGAAUUGACGACACACACAUCGCAGAGGAGCAGUCGCAUGUCGGGACAAAGGUUCGAGAGGGUGCGACAACGUACUACGAGAUGGAGUACUCGAUGCCAGCGGAUGAGGAGGUUGGGGAGGAGGAGGAAGAUGUUUAUGUGAUUGAGUAUUCAAAUCCUGAAGAGGAAGGACAAAGCUACCAGUUCACGAUGUCGGUAGACAGAUCACUUCCUUCUAAAAAGCCGAUAAUUAAACAUCCUAUGGUCAGAGAGAGCGCCAGAGCUCCUGUGCCUGUACCUGUGGCUCCUGUAGUCCUACCUGCAGCAAGAGCACGUUCACCUGCAAAACCCAAAUCCAACAGACCACAGAGGCCAAGACAGGAGCCGAGGAAGAGGAGGAUGAUAGAAGAAGACAAUAAAACCAAAGAGGAGUUUGUGAGUAAUAAGUGUGUGCUGGAGCUUGGAGAGGACAUUAGUGAUGUGAUGAAAAGGAAUGACGGGAAAGCACUUGUGUGCUCGCUGUGUCCACCGCCUGGCAAGAGCUUUAAGAGAGCGUCGGGUUUGGCUAUUCAUUUAAAACAAAUGCACCACAUGGAGGGGAAGAAGACUUUCUUCUGCACGGGGUGCCAGCAACCCGUCCGCACUCAGAUCGAACUGGACGCUCACACAAAACGACACGCCAACCAUGACGCCGUCUUCAUUUGCGCCGUCUGCUCGGCAGAGACGGAAAACAAAUCGGAGACAGAGGAGAAGGGCUUUAAAGGAUCCAGGUGGGGUCUGAAGAGGCACAUGGAGAAGAAGCAUCCAGGCGUCAUCCCACGCUGCAACGUCUGUUUCAGAAACUUCAAGUCGCUCGUGUCGUACCUGGCCGACCAGUUCAGGCACGUCGGCAAAACGCCAUACCACUGCGCCAAGUGUCAGAUCUAUGAAAUCACGGAGAGGGGACUGAGCGUUCACGUCAAAAACCACGACAAGCCGAAGAAGAGGAAACCACCAGGGCCCGUUGAAAACCAGAUGCAGACGCUUCCAGUCCCGCCGGUUGUGGAUAACUCCGCCACAGACGACUCUGACUUCUGACACUUUUUGUCAGAGAUUUUAGACUCAAGCAACUCAGCGACCUCCUCUUUGUCGGACGGAUGUCUGACAUGUAUCCAUUCACAACUUUGAACUUUGGACUUGUUUUUUUUUUUUUAAAUACACAUUUUGAACUAUACAUGUCCUUAAAACUUGUCUCAAGUAAUUCAUAAAUGGUGCCAUGUUGGUGGAGUGUUCUACCUUAUUAUAUAUAUUACUAUAAGGGGUCUCAACCUGCAGAUUGGGAACCAUGAAAGGUGUGUGUGUGUGUGUGUGUGUGUGUGUGGUGUGUGUGUGUGUGUGUGUGGCCUUAUGUCCUUUGUCUUUAGUUUUGUUCCUUAUUGAUCAUCGUUAAUAUGUUGUAAAAGGAAGCACGAUGACACUUUUUUUUACUGACGCUUUAACCCAACGUGGAUUUAAACACCAAUGGUAGAAACAAACACUAUGAAAAUAAUGACAACAUUUUCACCUGUUUAUGAAUCCUGUCAAAAAGUUUUAACUUUGGAGAGGAAGUACGACGAAGACCUAUAUGGACAAAAUGUUAAAAAUGUAUAAAAGGGUGUUUAAAGUCACUAAAAGAUGAACCAGGUUUGGUGUAUGAACAGUAAACGAAGGGCAACAAUCUGUUUUAGGAAAUAUUAACAAGUGAAUCAGUUUUGUCAGUUGUUGGUUCAAAAUGUCUUUUUAUUCUUUUCUGUGAGAGUUUGUCUCUGCAACAUAAACUUGUUUUUUUUUUUUUACUAUUUUGAAAUUAAAGGGAUUCACCACUCAUU